AUGCCAGGUGAAGAGACUGAAUUUUUCAGUUGUAAUUCAGUUGAUAGAUCUGACAUUCAUAAUGAAGAUAUGCUUCAUAUUUAUACACCUGAAUUUUUGAAUUCUCUCCGUACUUCUGGACUUCCAAAUCAUUGUAUUAAGUUGAAGGUUGGAACACCUAUUAUGUUAAUGAGAAAUAUAGACCAAGCCGAAGGCUUGUGUAAUGGAACAAGAUUGAUUGUCACAAAAUUAGCUGUUCAUGUUAUCGAUGCAAAAGUCAUUGGUGGAAAAUAUCAUGGUAAUGUUAUUUACAUUCCAAGAGUACCGAUCUCUCCAUCCCAAUCUCCAUGGCCUUUCAAGUUGACAAGAAGACAAUUCCCUAUAAUUGUUUCAUAUGCAAUGACUAUUAACAAAUCACAGGGACAAUCAUUGGAUUAUGUUGGUCUUUACUUGCCAAAAGAUGUUUUCAGUCAUGGACAGAUUUAUGUCGCAGUUUCCAGAGUCAAAAGCAAAAAAGGUAUCAAAAUCUUGAUUCAUGAUGAAACCAAACAAGCAAAAACUUCAACAACUAAUGUUGUCUACAAAGAGGUUUUCCAUAAUAUUUGACCGGUAAGUCACGUGUAGCCUCCUCAUUUUUAUACUUUUUAUUAUAAGUUUAUUAUAUGUA